AUGUCUGACCAACAGAUUGGCCGAACGUCUCAAAGGAAAGCGUCCACCAACAAGAAUACCAAGAAGCUUCGCACUCUAAACACAGUGUGUAGCCUGGCAAAUAGCUGGCAGCAGUGGGUUUCUGAGAAUGAGAAGAAGCAAGCUGCAGAACCUAGUGGCUGGUCUCCAUCAUGGCUGGGAGAUUCAGCAGAGGAACCCAAAAAGACUUGGGUCCCGAAAAAGUCCAUUCCCAGACAGAAGACAGAAGAUGCUCACACUCACACAGUCGCUUCUAAAGGGGAACCUGACACUGCGAGCGUGGCCCAAGAUGGAACCAAGGCUGAAGAUGGCAUCAAAUCUGAGGUACCACUGAUUUCAUCCUUGAUCAAGACGAAGCUGGUGAUGAAGACCGUGACCAGCAAGCCCCAGGACAGAAGUGCUGGAAUCAAGUUCCUGACAAAGAGGAUUGAGGAAGAGGCUCUGCCAUCAAGUGAGGAUAUUGACAGGUUGCUGAAGACAAAAGUCUCUCCUACACGCCGCAGAAAGUGUUGCAACAUGGUUUCAUCACUGACUCAAAGCUGGAAGGAGAUGGAGAAUGAACGGAAACUUCAAAAGGAAGACAGUCCGGAAGAUGAACAGAUUGGUGAUGUCGAUGCAAAGGAUAAUGGAGAUUGUAGAUUAGAAACAGAGACUUUAAAAAUUGAGGACACCCAUGGAAAAUCACAGAUUAACUCAAAGAAAAUCUGUGAUGGAGAGCCGUCAAUUAGAAUCAAAAGGCCCCAAGUCUCAAUGUCGGGAAAGGAAGCUGUUGACGCCAAUAAGAUCGGCGCUCUCUCAAAGAAAUACAGCUCUGUUGGGAAUCUCAAAAGCCGCUGGCAGAACUGGGCGUCGGAACACACGGAUAACCAGAAACUAAACCCUUUCAGUGAAUACUUUGACUAUGAAUACUCUAUGUCCCUCCGCCUCCAAAAAGGCCAAGAUGGAUACGGGCGCCCAAAGGAGGGGACUAAAACGGCAGAGAGAGCAAAACGUGCUGAGCAACACAUCCAUCGGGAGAUUGCCGAUAUGUGUUACGUAAUCAGGACUAUGGCCGAUCCGGAUCUGGACGGAAAGACCAGAAUUACAUUUGGAGAAUUGUUCGACAGAUAUGUUCGGAUCUCUGAUAAGGUGGUGGGGAUUCUGAUGAGAGCCCGGAAACAUGGGAAGGUUCACUUUGAAGGGGAGAUGCUGUGGCAAGGACAGGAUGACGGAGUGAUCAUUACUUUGCUAGUAUAA